AUGGAGGCUCGAAAGAUGAACGCUGCUCAGUCGAGCUUGUACUCUUUGGUGUUGCCCAAGUACGCAAAGCCACCUUCCACUGUCAAUGUAUGGUUGUUCGCAGCUCAAGCACUUGUCAUCGGGAUCGGUGCGGGUGGUGUUCCUGUUCUACUCUAUGGAACCUUGGGCUGGGGCUUCCUUAUGAGCCUUCAGUGCAUAUCGUUUGCCGAAUUUUCGUCUGCCUACCCGUCGAACAUUGGAUGCACACUCAUAGCUACGAAGCUGGGUGGAGAGAAGUAUGGACGUUUCUGUGGUUUCGCUACGGGCUAUUUGCACUUCGUUGCAGGACUGGUCACUCCUGCUGCGUUAUUAGCGGCCAAUGCGCCCUCGAUUGCCGCGAUCGGAACUAUGGCCAGUCCAGAUUAUGUGCCCAAAACAUGGCACAUUUUUCUCAUCUAUCAGGCCACCAACGUGCUUUGUACCUUCGGCAGCGCUCGAAGCUCCAAUUCCCUGGAUCGUCUGGCAACCUUUGGAGGCUUAUCUUUAUUCAUUAUCUACUUCGCUUCAUUAGGUACCAUCAUUGCGGGUGCAAAAGAGCCUGCGCCCAGUCGGACAAUUUGGUUUGACUUCGCGAACACUACCGGCUGGCCCACAGGACUUGCUGCUCUGGUCGGAGCAAGCCUACCUUUGACAGGCUUCGGGCCAACUCACUGGAUGAUGAACAUGGCCGAUGAAACCAAAAAUCCCAGAAAGUCGCUGCCAAUUACGCUUCUGAUCCAGCAAAUUGGUAAUAUCGUCAUGCUGUUCCUGUUCUUCCUUGCCAUAGGAUAUGGCGUUGGCGGAGACUGGAACGCCAUCCUCGAAUCUCCAGUCUACACUCCUUUAGGAGCCAUUCUCGACUAUGCGAUUCCAUCGUGGCAGGGCGCAGUCACAAUUAUGGUUCUUAUCCUAGCCUUCAACGUGCUUAGCCUUGUGUCCUAUUUCAACGCGACCAUUAGACUAAUGCACGGUUUUGCUAUCACCGGAGCCAUGCCGGGAUCCGCUUAUCUAGCUAAAUACGACAUCGAACGCAACGAGCCGGCCAAUAUGCUAAAGGUUACCUUUAUGGUCACGACGUUGCUGGGUACGCUCAUCUUUGCCACUUCUGCCGUGCUGAACACUCUUGUUGGAGGUUGCAUGACAUUGUACUUUGUCGGCUACGCUCCCAUGUUCAUGGCUCACAUCCUGACGGGUGGCCAAAAUCUCGGUGACAAGGGUGUAUUCCGCUUGCCGAGGGCUUGCAGUGUCCUGCUGGCAGCCCUUAACAUCGUCAUAGUCGUUUUCCAAGCAAUCUCUUUUUCAUUGCCGCCCGAGAGCUCUCUGCAGGUGGACAGUAUGAAUUGGGCGUGUGUCUGCACGGGCACCGUUCUCUUGUCCGUGGUCCUUUGCUGGUUUUCCUACGGUAAGGAUCACUACAAUCUCUAUGUCACACCAUCGAACGGUGAGUGCAUUAUCCAGGGUCUCGACAACUCGGAUGAAGUCAACUGUAUGACGUCUCACACCGAUAGUAAGACAGCAUCGAAGGAAGUUUCUGUUCCUUGA